AGGAAGACCGGCGUGACUUUGAAAGGCAAACUGGUCACUAUGCGGCUCCUAAAGGUAGCAUCGGUUCUCGGUUCGCGGCACUUUCAAAAGGCCGGGGCCUCUCGGAAUAAGCAGCUUCCUCUUAAUAUCUGCCGAAGUUGUUCCUCUGGGAUUACCCCAAAUGAAAGGAUACGAAACAUUGGCAUUUCUGCGCACAUUGAUUCUGGCAAAACCACCCUAACCGAGCGUGUUCUCUACUACACAGGCAGGAUAGCCCAGAUGCAUGAGGUGAAGGGUAAGGAUGGUGUUGGUGCUGUUAUGGAUUCAAUGGAAUUAGAACGUCAAAGAGGAAUCACAAUCCAAUCUGCGGCUACAUACACCAUGUGGAAAAACACCAACAUCAACAUAAUUGACACCCCAGGACACGUAGAUUUCACCAUUGAAGUGGAGAGAGCCUUGCGGGUCUUGGAUGGAGCUGUCCUUGUUCUUUGUGCGGUUGGUGGGGUGCAGUGCCAGACCAUGACUGUGAAUAGACAAAUGAAGCGAUAUGGUGUCCCCUUCUUAACCUUUAUCAAUAAACUUGACCGGUCUGGCUCUAACCCUCACAAAGCCGUACAGCAGUUGAGAUCCAAGUUAAACCAUAAUGCAGCCUAUAUCCAGAUCCCUAUCGGAAUCGAAAACAGAUUUAAAGGGAUUAUAGACCUUGUGGAUGAGCGUGCAAUAUACUUUGAUGGGGAAUAUGGGUAUGUUUACAUUCUAAGCUUUAAAUCAUUUCUGUUUUCCCCUCUUAACCACACUAUGCACUGUGGAGUUGUGAAGCUACAUGAUGUUUGUGUUUUCAGGCAGUCUAUACGUUAUGAGGAUAUCCCAGCAGAAUUCAGGGCAGAGACUGCCGAUAGAAGACAAGAGCUGAUAGAAAGUGUUGCUAAUGCUGACGAGCACCUUGGUGAGAUGUUUCUAGAAGAGAAGAUCCCGUCGAACACUGAUCUCAAGCAUGCUAUUCGGAGAGCCACUCUGAAGAGGUUGUUUACACCGGUCCUGGUCGGAAGUGCUUUGAAGAAUAAAGGGGUACAACCUCUUCUAGAUGCUGUGUUAGAGUACCUCCCAAACCCAUCUGAAGUGCAGAACUUUGCUAUCCUCAAUCAUGAUGAAGAAAAGACAAAGAUUUUAAUGAGUUCUGUCAGGGACGACUCUCAUCCAUUUGUGGGCUUGGCAUUUAAACUGGAGGCUGGUCGUUUUGGGCAGCUCACAUAUGUGCGAGUGUACCAGGGAAUGCUGAGGAAAAGCGACUAUAUCUACAACACCAGGACAGGCAAGAAAGUGAGGGUGCAGCGGCUGGUGCGUCUUCAUGCUGAAAUGAUGGAGGAUGUGGAUGAAGUUUAUGCUGGAGACAUCUGUGCUUUGUUUGGUAUUGACUGUGCAAGCGGAGACACGUUUACCACAAAAUCCAACGACAACCUUUCCAUGGAAUCCAUUCACGUGCCUGACCCGGUCAUUUCAGUUGCCAUACGACCAUCUAACAAGAAUGAUCUGGAUAAGUUCUCGAAAGGUAUCAACCGUUUCACAAGGGAAGACCCAACCUUUAGAGUGCAUUAUGAGACGGAGAGCAAAGAAACCAUUGUUUCUGGAAUGGGAGAGUUACACUUAGAGAUCUAUGCACAGCGGAUGGAAAGGGAAUAUGGUUGUCCAUGCAUCAUGGGAAAACCAAAAGUCGCCUUCAGAGAGACGAUCGCCAGAUCUGUGCCUUUUGAGUUCACUCACAAGAAGCAGUCUGGAGGGUCUGGGCAGUACGGUAAAGUCAUUGGGUUUCUGGAGCCCCUGGAGCCUGAAAACUACACAAAGCUUGAAUUUGAAGACCGGACGGUUGGGACAAAUGUUCCCAAGCAGUUCGUUCCAGCGGUUGAGAGGGGUUUCCGGGAAGCGUGUGAGAAAGGCCCGCUGACUGGACAUAAAAUUUCUGGACUCCGUUUUGUUUUGGAGGAUGGAGCUCAUCACAUGGUAGAUUCAAAUGAAAUCUCCUUCAUCAGAGCAGGCGAGGGAGCUUUGAAGCAAGCCAUGGAGUCUUCAACUGUUUCCAUCCUGGAGCCCAUAAUGUCGGUGGAAGUUGUCGCCCCCAGUGAAUUCCAGGGACCUGUAAUAGCUGGCAUCAACCGGAGGCAUGGGGUAAUAGUAGGUCAAGAUGGAUCAGAGGGCUACUUCACGCUGUACGCGGAUGUCCCAUUGAACGAUAUGUUUGGUUAUGCAUCUGAGCUUCGAUCUUGUACAGAGGGAAAAGGCGAAUACACCAUGGAGUACAGCAGAUAUCAGGCAUGCUUGCCUACUACACAGGAAGAACUGGUCAACAAGUAUCUGGAGGCAACAGGACAGCUUCCAGCGAAAAAAGGAAAGGUCAAGAGCUAAUGGAGCAACUAAAACAUAGACUCUGGCUUUUUAAUAUCUCCAAAACAAAAACAUACUCUUCCAUUUAGGGUGUCUGUUUUACCAAAUGUAGAAAUGGGCUGCAAAUGGAUAAUUCAUGCUCGCUUAUUCACUAUGGUUUCUUUGGGACUUCCUUCGCAAGUAGGCAUGAACGGGUCGGAUUACUGGUUUUUGUAAAACCUCUUGAAAGUAAGGAACUUCGUCUUUUUGGAAUGUUAAAGAAUCUGGAUUAGCCUCAUAGAAUAUAAUGUCGUGAUAACAAAUACUCUGGGCUUUUCUACAUUUUGUGAAUUGUACCGCAAACUGAUUUCAUGGAUAUUUUAUUUGUGAUGAUGAGAUGUGUUGAAGCUCGUCAGCUAACAUCUGGAUUUUGUCAUGGAACACUGCUUGCUUUACGUUUGGAGACAUGUUAAGGUCCUCGCCGUAAUGUCUCCGUACGCUGUUUUUCCGUUGUGAAAUAAAUAAAACAGAGCCCUGUGUAGGAAACUUA